GGCCUGCGGAGUUUGCAAACUCAGCAGCCAGAGGGGAUCCGCGGGCUGGAGAAGCUCCGCUAAGAGGCUCUCCUUUGGACCCCCACGGAGAACAGGAUCCGAGUCCUCUCUUGUCUCUUUUACUCUUCAUCGUGUAAUUUGAGCAUGUUUUUGGUCCAGAGGAGACUCUACACCCUUGGCAGCAGAGCGAAGCUUCUAAAGACAAUUUAUUCUUUGAACACCCUUGGAUUCUCCACUUCUGCCAAAAUGGCUUUGAAAUUCAAAAAUGCCAAACGAAUUGAAGGCCUGGACAGCAAUGUGUGGGUUGAAUUUACUAAGUUGGCUGCAGACCCUUCUGUUGUGAAUCUUGGACAAGGCCUUCCAGAUAUAUCGCCUCCAACCUAUGUGAAGGAAGAAUUAUCAAAGGCUGCAUUGACUGAUAACCUGAAUCAGUACACCAGGGGCUUUGGUCAUCCAUCACUUGUGAAAGCUCUGUCCUGUUUAUAUGAAAAAAUUUAUCAAAAUCAAAUCGAUCCAAAUGAAGAAAUUAUUGUGACAGUGGGCGGAUAUGGAGCUCUCUUCAACACCAUUCAAGGACUGGUUGACCCGGGAGAUGAAGUCAUCAUAAUGGUGCCUUUUUACGACUGUUACGAGCCCAUGGUGAGAAUGGCCGGAGCAACGCCUGUGUUUAUUCCCCUGAGAUCUAAACCCACUGAUGGGAUGAAGUGGUCUAGUUCUGACUGGACAUUCAACCCUCAAGAACUGGAAAGUAAAUUUAGUUCCAAAACUAAAGCCAUUAUAUUAAAUACUCCACAUAACCCCAUAGGCAAGGUGUAUACCAGAGAGGAGCUGAAAGUCAUUGCUGACCUUUGCAUCAAGUAUGACACCGUGUGCAUCAGUGAUGAGGUUUACGAAUGGCUUGUCUACACUGGACACAAGCAUAUAAAAAUAGCCACUUUUCCUGGUAUGUGGGAGAGAACAAUAACAAUAGGAAGCGCUGGCAAGACUUUCAGUGUGACCGGCUGGAAGCUUGGCUGGAGCAUUGGUCCUAAACACCUGAUAAAACAUUUACAGACCGUUCAACAGAACACAUUUUACACUUGUGCAACUCCUUUACAG